AUGCCCCGGGGUGUCAAAGCCGUCCUGCCGACCCGUGUCCUGGACGUCCGUGUGGACCCAGGCGAUGACCUUGUACGAUUGUACCCAACGGGAGGGGAAAGAGCUGAAUACGCAGCACUGAGCUAUUGCUGGGGUAGCGACCAAAACUUCUUGACCACCAGGGAGAAUCUCGCAACACUUACAGCGGGUAUUGCAGUGCACCGUUUACCAAAGACCAUCCAGGAUGCGAUCUAUGUGACCAGACAGCUCGGCAUCCCAUAUCUAUGGGUCGACGCGUUGUGUAUCAUACAAGACUCAGAGAUUGACAAACCACAAGAGCUUGAAAAGAUGUCUCACAUCUACAAACAAGCUACCGUCACCAUCUCGGCCGCCGUUGCAUCGAAUUGCCAUGAAGGAUUCUUACACCCUCGGGAAGCGAUCCGAAGGCGCCUGGAUUCGUCCUUUCCGGUUCGGUUUGCAACUAGCUCCGCCUAUGCUAAUCAUGCCCCUCCAAGGAGCUCGAGAGUCGAAAGUGCUGUGUCGAUGGGAACGGCCUACAUCUGUCCUGAUGAAAAAUGCGGCAACGAGGUCGCCACGUGGGAAGAGGAGCCCAUUGAAACCCGAGCGUGGACGCUGCAGGAAUCAUGGCUGGCGCCGCGACUGCUGAUGUUUGGAGCCGGACCACCACGAUGGAAGUGCCUAUGUGCAACCCACAUCGCCGGCGGUUGGCGGGACUCGGACAAUUGGUUUGUCCCGAGAUUCUAUCAUCGCGACAUGUUUUUUCGAAACAUGGUGCCAGCCCGGGCUACAACGGCAAUCGAGCAGCAGGAGCAGGGGCAGGAGCAGGACCAAGAGAUGUCUGGGUCGCCUUCACGUCCUUCAGACCUGGAUCGAUUACACGACGAAUGGAACAGGCUCGUCAGCGUCUUCAGCAAGCGCCGAUUGACGGAUCCGGAAGACAAGCUCCCGGCGCUUUCAGGCAUUGCUUCAGAGUUCCAUAAGAUGCUCAACAGCGCUUAUCUUGCCGGACUCUGGGAAAGCAACUUGCUGCCCGACUUGCUCUGGUAUCAUGAUUGCUCGCGUUCGGCAGCAUUAGGUAACAGCUCGUCUUCGCGGCCUCCACGGUUUCGAGCUCCGUCGUGGUCGUGGGCCUCCAUCGAUGGCAGCGUUAGCUUUGACCACUUCGGUGCGCAAUACCGCAGUGAGACAAAGGCUGUCAUCCGGGCCUGUGAAAUCGAGCCGGAAUUCUACCCGAGGCGAUUCACCUCCGUUUCCAAGGCACUGCUGACCAUCACGGCGCCGCUACGUCGGAUGACGGCGCAACAAGUUUAUCAACGGUUCGUCGUCAGCAUAGACAAGAGGCCCAGUUACUUCAGCGACUAUGUCAUCCCUGACAUUGUCGACAACAACGAACACUUUGGAGAUAUCCCUGCUUCGAAUGCCGAUCUGCACGGCACCCUGAGGGCAGGACCGCCGCUUGGGUUUUUCAACCAGAGGAUAAUCCCCCAAUAUCAGGGCUAUCCAGCUGGCACCUCGGCGGCGUUUCCCAAGCCGGGGCAAACGAAGUUGCAGAAGCUCGGCGGAGGCGUGGAGACCCUUUCUACGGAGACCAGUGCUGACCACUCUGCAUCUGUAACCGUUCGCUCCUUCUGGUUUCUCGAGUUGGCUCGCAGCGAUGGACCACGCGGGCUUGUCCUCGUCCGCUCAGCUGGCGGUCUUUUCGAGCGCACAGGCUAUUUCAGGCUGGGUCGGACGGGGCCAGUGGGUGAUUGGCUCGUCGAUGACCAAAAUCCCGCGGGUAAGAGGGACUGGGACUGGGACGAAGACCUGGAGCUAGCAACGAUUCGCAUCAAGUGA